AUGGAUAAGUUCAACCUCAUUUGCAAGUGGCCAGAGAAAGCAGAAGAGACAAACACAGAAGAAUCACAGAUCCUGGUCCCCUGUAUGUUGAAUACCUUCUAUAAGGAAAAGAAAGAAUUAGGAAACGCUGCACCGAUUUACCUCACUUUUCAAACUAAAUACGUGCCAUAUGGACUGUUCUGCCGACUGGUUGUGCUGUUUGUAAAAUCUCCUCAGUUUAAACAGAUGUACAGGCUGUGCGCUAAUGAAGCCAGAAUUCCCUUGGACAAUGAGAGCUAUGUUCUUCAAUUGUUGUGCUACAAGGCAGUCAUUAAGCUGCAAAUUUUUGCAGACCAUGGUGGCACUCCUCCACAAAAGCUUUAUGAUGACGUUUUGAGGUAAGCACUCGUGAGCUAAUUAAAUCGGAAACUUCUUUUCGCUCUGUCUGUCUUCACCCAGGUUUAUAAAUGGGUAGCGGCGACAUACUGCCGGGGGGAACCCUACGAUGAACUACCAUCCCGUCCAGGAGAGAGAAGAAACAUUUUUUUGUAGCUUCAUUCUACUGAAACUGAGGUGAGCUGCGGCCUGAUGGGCUACUUGGCUCGGAAUCAGAAGUUACCUUUUAUCUUUUACUCAUAUUCUUAGUCAUAAGUAAAUUUGCUGCGGUUGCAUGCGUGCCUGUAGUUACAAUGAGAAAGUCAACCAAGAAAUAAGUAAGACAUGUUGCCAGACAAAGAGCGAAUAGCGAUUGUUACGAAACGUUAAGUUGGUCUUCAGAAAGAAAUUUUGUUACUUUUGUAAUCAAGAUGUAAGUAGGUUGAGCAUGAGCAGUCCUGAAUAGGCGGAAUAUGGCGGUGACUGACGUUUGGAUAAACUGUGCAGUAGUCAUCUUAAGAGUCAAAGUGAAAAGUAUCACGUCAGUUGAUGGUAUUAAAGUCUGGUUAUUGACCUGACUGGUCAAUUAAGUCGCGAUGCUAUUGGUCGUCUGUCAGUUAAGCUGUGAGGUUAUUGGCUAUGAAGACUCGUAAUGUCAUUGGUGCGUUUUGAUUCGUCUAUUAUCACAGUUAAACCCCCCUUUUAUUGUUGGUCAAAUUGUCGGUUAUUGCUAGUCUUAUUGUAGCAACAACAGCUACAACUAUACGGACUUUGACGAGAAGAGCCCAACUAGUUUGCGACUCGCCUGACAGCCCAGAAGACAAGACUGACUUCCUAAACAACCUCUUUAGUAAAGACAACUGCAACGUGGACGAUCAUGCUCAUCCUACUUAUGAAACGACUCCUGGGUUCAAACCUUGACAAAAGUUAGGCCCAUGUAUAUAUUAUACAGUAUAUUUUACGCAGAAGUCGUAAAAAACGUAAAACUAACUUGAUUACUUUGAUCACCGCUAAAACAAUAAACAGUGCAAUCGAAACCGUACUAAAUAAAAUACUAAGGGUAACUGAGGUAUACACAUCGCUAUAUGGGGCUUUAAAGCAAACUCUAACUUUAGUAUUAGGUAUUACUGCACUGUGUGUGUGUUUUAUCUUCCUUUUUUUUCUUUCUUCUGUUUUUCUUCCUUUUUUUUUUAAGGCAUGCAUCUCCUGUCAAGUCCGCUGUUAGAUGCCCCUUGGGCGAUCACAAUUAUAGAGUGAAUUUUGUGAAAGAUCACGUAUAUGAGAGAGCUUGCUUUUCUGUUUAAUUAGGAUCAGCUCGGAAUUUUCUUAACAUAAGAGUCCUCCAAGUGAGUCAGAAAGGAGCUAAACUGCUUGGGUUACUAAUCUUCCUUUCCCUUGUUGAACACUCUUUUCCCUUUUUUGUAGCCAGUUGAAUGAAUUCUUGAAAAAGCUACGAAAGGAGUGUCACUGGCUGCAUUCAAUGUCCGGGAAGUUGUGCGCUCGAUGCACGGUUUGUAUGGGAAAUGAGACAAAGCCCUGCGCCCGGCACAAUGAAAGUUCAUGUAGGCAUCGUGACUGUGGCCAUUACAUACCUUUGGGCGGUGAAUACUUUUGUUCUAAGUCGGGUCUAAUGCUGGAAAUAGAACCGCUCGUACCUUGGAUUAGAGCCAAUGAACACGUGUCAAAGGUGCGUUAUGUACUUUCUACUAAUAGCAUCACUGCUGUGGCUAUGUAAUUAAGAGGGUACGGAGAGAGGAUUACCCCCCUCUCUCGCUCCGCAGGGAUGGGUAGGAGAGAACCCUGGGAACGAGUUUGCUAGGUUACACGCGCAAAAAAUAUCAGAACAUCUUCGGUGUAAACUCAACUGUUAAGAGUAUUAUCUAAAAUCUUUUUUUUUUGUACAAGAAAUGGUAUGUGGCGGGGCACAAGGCUCCCUUGACUCCUCCCCUUUUUGGUCCUUGAGUAAUGAUUGCAGAAGUUUAUUUCCCCGUGUAUGACUAUAUGUGCGAAACUGUUAUCAUAUAAUGAAACCAGGGGGAGGGAGGAGGUAUCUAAAGGAAAUCGAUGGUCCAGUCAGCUUGACGUCACGUCUCGCAUCAGUGAUUUUCAAAAUGGCGAGCAAAGUGUUCAUCGAAGAGACUUAAAAAUUUCGAAUUUAUCACGGAAAUACUGUUCCGAUUUCUUGGAUUUGGCGAUAUUACGGUCCCUAUUGUCAUAGAAAUCCAGACUUUGGUACUUUUUUGGAAUGAAACGUCCAAUGGUGUAAUAAUUUUAAAGAUCCCUUUCUAUCGUCCAGCAAAUUUUCCGAACAUUCAUAUCGACCGGUCACACUUUUAAGGGCCGGUGCACAGCAACAUUGAGGAAUUUAGACAAAGGAUAUACAAAGGAUAUACAUCAAAGGAUAUACUAGGCCUUAAUUGUGCGUAUUUUUAGCUCUUAAGAGCCAAUGGAUCCCCGUAUAAAUCCCUUUAAAGUUUGCUUUCCGCGCCGAACUUGUUACUACCAUACACAUUUUUAUAAUUAACUACAGCACACUGUUUUUUUUGUUGUUGUUUUGUUUUGUUUUUUUCUGCAAGCGCCACACAACACGAUAACAAACGGCAAAACAACCACAGCAACAAUUUUCCUCGAAGGAUUAAGCAACAAGCGACAACUUUUAAGCAGUUAAAGCAGGUUAAAGACAAAUCCAAACUACCAAACAAUCAAUUUUUCUAAAAGCCAAUUACAGCGUAAAAGCGCUAUAAGCAAACCACACAAGAAACCCAAGUUACUACUUCAGAAAUACGUUACCGCAAAAACUUCGCAAAGCUGUAAAGGGUCAGCAGUAGAAAAAUGGUAAACAAGCCUAAAGGAAAAAAUGGGAUUAAAAAACAAAGACUAAACAGAAAAAAAAGCGGUACAAAGGAACAGAAACCAGCUCGCCGGGAGUUGAACCUAGUUCAUCUGCACGUGCAAGCAACUCCUUAACCACUGCACCACAGUGCCACUCAUGUUUUUAUGGAUUAAUUUUGUUAUAUUAAAACCAUUUUUCUCCGCCAUAAACGCUGUUUAAAGCUGGAGGAGCUGUAUGUAUCAUGAAUUUAAAUAUACAUUUGAGGAAAAUUAGCUUAAGCGCGUUUUUCAAAACUAUUUCGCCUUAUUUCGGGUUCAACGGGCCGAUUGAUGUAGAUAAUUGAUCAAACUAGAUUUACUAAAUUUGGUGGAAAUUAGGAAAUAAACAGAGGCCCACACUCAAAAGGAGUGAUAUGAACUACGGUCGAUUUAAUCAGCGAAAGAAUACAUAGAAUAUAAACGUGUGUGAUUCCUGAAUCGAACCUCCUAUUCUGGAGAACUAGAUGUUGCCUUUUCUAGAGUAAAAAGGAACUAAUUUGUGAGGGCCUUGCUGGUCCCGUAAAGCAAACGGCGAUUCCAUUCCCUUGUAAUUACCUUAAGGAGUUCAUCGUGUGGAAAUAAACUUAGCUUAUCUGUUUUUUUUUUUUUUUCUUAAGUGCACAACGCGGGCAAGUUCCCCCGGCCCUAUCAGCUUUUUCCUUUCUCCCAUUUUCCUUCUUCCUGUGCGUCUCGGCCACGAUCGGCGUGUGCAUUAAUCAAUUAAGUGAGCAUCCCGAGAAGCAAAACAAGUGCAGUGCAGCUGUAUGGUGAAGACACUCGACAGUAGUUUGUAGGCUGGUGGAGGUAGAAAACGAAACUGUUGCACUUUUCUUCCCUUUCCGCUCUGCGCUUGUUUCCAUAAUAACCCACAUCUGGGGUGUUGACUUUGGCCGUUUAUGGCCCAAUGGCAAGUAAUAAUAGUAACAGAAAACAACAAAUUAAACAAACCAAGGUGUUGGGACUUGAAAGUAAUUGACUUCUAUAGGCACCCUUUUGCACAUCAGAGUCACCAAGAGAGGAUAAAGGGGACAGAGAAGGCAUCCCCCAUACACGGGGGGAUAAGGUUACCUCGGCACUGCGUGGAUGUUUCGUGGAGGUUUCGUAUGACUAAACGCCGUGCAAAACAUGUCGGGCGAAAGGCAAUGAAAGCGUGAAGAGAUCGAGAGCAUUUCUGAACAUUGAAGCGAAAUGAGUCGGCGCUCACCUGGGAAAAGGGAAUCGCUGGACUCUUUGACAACCCGUGAAAUCAGUUUAACUCGAAGUUGUCGUAACCUCAGUGCUUUAAUAAAGUGAGAAAUUUCGCCGGUCUAUUGAAACCGGUCGUUUUUACAAUAAAGCAAGUAGGACGCCAAGUGUUAUUUUUGUUGAAUAAUAAAAGACUCAUGAAAGAAUAAAUAUCAAACCAGAAAUUGCUCUCUUCAAACUGUAAAUUAUAAAUGAUCCUGAGAGAAUAUUCAGUGUGUUAAGGAUUUCCCUGCCGUACUGUUAGCUCUAUACAAGAGACGAAGGGCGAUUCUUUUUUAAUUUCCAUUUCGCUGACACCGCUUUAGUAGAAAUCUCUCUUAAGUCGUUUUCGUCGACAAAACGAAUAGCAAUAUCGCUCUCCGCGUCUUCCGCCAUUUUUUUCUGCGUCAAUUCGUGAAGGACGCGUGGCUCUGAGCGUGCGUCAUCCACGCGGAACACAUUCGCGCUAUGUGAUUGGCUGUUGUCUAAUCCCCCUUGGGAUCUGUGGUCUUAAAAAUAACUCGAGACAAACUACCUAUGGAAUAGGGUGUGUAUUGGGGAUGCCUUCUCUGUUCCCUUUAUCCCCUCUUGGAGUCAAUUAUUUUCAAAAGGGAACAGAGACCUACACUUUCGGACAAUUCAAAUUUGGAUAUAUCAAACUAUAUUUUCGAUAGGGUGUGGAAUUUUUUUUCUUUGCAGAAAUUAAAUGUUUCCAGCCCACAUCUAAAGUCGCAUGAUGAAUCGUGGUCGUUACAAGGUAAGCUGAAACGUCCGUUAACAGAAUGUGGAUUGCAUCAAGUCUUUUAACUCUAUCCUUAACCUUUUGUCGUUCAGUAAGUACCAGUAGUUGAUCCGAUCCGAUCCAGGUUUGGUUAACCACAGUUGUAACAAUUAAUUGAGGAAUCUUGUUUGUGCAAGGCCACCAGGCUUCGCAGCAAACUGUCUUAGGCUGCGUGCGUGAACAGUCUAAGUUAUCUGUGCCCGAAGCUAGUAGCUUUUGCGAAUUUUUGAGCUUUUUUAGGCUGCGAGCAAGCUCCCCUGGGCGCUCUGGUGUCUGAGCUCCCAGGAGAGCUUGCUCUCGGGCUAGAGCUCUUUUGAAGAAACUACUCAUAUGUCAGCAGUGUGCGGUGUACAUGCAUUUUGGUAUCUUUUCAUUUCUCUGUUUGGAUGUGUGUUGCGGGGUGAUUGGACCAAUAAGGUUGAAGAUAGUAUAGUCGAUAAGUAAGGUCCUGUACGGUACCGCAAAUGAUCCCCAAAAUGGACCGCAAAUGAUCCUCGACCGCAAGUGAUCCCCAAACUUGACCGUAAAUGAUCCCGAGAAAACUUGAGGAAUGGAAUGGAUUUUAUGGGACUGAUUACAAAAAAGGACUGAUUAUAAAAAAGGAACCUUUUUCUCGCGCCUUCUAAAGAAAAUGGGAAGGAGUACGCUACAUCUCAGGUCAAUUUUUACAAGGUUAAAAAAAAAAGUAGAAUAAAUCUGAAAAGGAUAUGGUAUCAACCGUAUACUUCUUCCUUUGUCAAUUGCUUCAAUUUUCUUUCAAGAACUGUUUCGUCGCUGAAAAUUUAAGACAGGCAGGACGUUACGCAGAAACAACUCUAUUAUUUUAACGCCCAAGCUCAACUUGUCUACUGAGGAAUACAAUGCCGGGCACCCUCUACAUAUCAAGAGCUUUAUUGACUUUACUGAUCUUUUUAGAAGUAUCGAAUUAAUUUUCAGAAUAUUUAGUUUUGUUUUUUCUCUCAAGUGUUAAUUUUACGUGAUAAACAGCAAGACAUUGGUUCGUAACUUAGGAGUGCCCCAGGCCUCGGAGUGCCCGUUACGAAACAAGACAUGAUUUGAAAUAAACACACGUCAAAAUACCCCCGAACUUAUCAAUGUCCACAGGUUUCGGUUUAUUUCGAAAGAGCAACUUGCUUACAGCUCAUGAACAUGUUGCGAAUAGUUAUAUUGACGAUUAUGUGUACAUCCAUUUGUUGUACCUUUGCUGGAGACAGUUACCAGGAAUCUAAACCUGGUAAUGAGAAACGCAAAAGCGAGGCAAGCGGUAGUUAUCGCGUGACAAAACAUCGUAGGAACCGUCACAUUAACGGACUAAAAGAAAGUGACUUAUAAUUAUUCGGAUCCAGGAGGCACUUUGAAAGUCUAAGUGAAAGUUUAAACUGAGCCGUGCCGUUGAUCAAAAUUAACCCGGUUAAACGUUUUUGACCAGGUUACGUUCUGAAGAAUUUUUUUACCGGGUUUUCAAAAACUAACUCGGUUAACUUGCCAAGUGCGUCCGCAACCAGAGUCUUCGUGGCUUUUUGAUUUUCAUCGUAUGUCGAGCCCGCAACAUUAAAAUAGCGGCUGCGUUUGGAAAUUGAUUGGCGUCAAAAAAGGGCAAACUUUUCAGUUUAAUUUAUUUCUUUGGGUCAUUCUGGGUAUAUUACAUUCCGCAUAAUUAUGUCAUUGCGCAAGCCAUGCCAUUCUCCAAACUCAUUCCUCCUUUUACCCUCACCGGUCUUGAACAGCAAUGCACAGGGGUCAUAUUUCCCCCCUCCUAGGCGUUAAAAUAAAAGACAAGUUUCCUGCUUAAAAUCGCGCGAAACAUCAAAUGCUUGAAAGGAAGGAGAAGCAAUUGCCAAUAGAAACAGUUCGGUUAUUUUCUUUUUAUUCAUUUCGUUGUUUUACACGUUGUUCAAGUUUUCAGCACAUUUACCAUCAAUGCCUAAAAUCUAUGUCAUUCCUCUACUUUUCACGGAAUCAUUUGCUGGUGACAAUUGGGAUCAUUUACGGUCGAGGACCAUUAGCGGUGUGGGGAUCGUCUGCGGCUGGGGAUCAUUUGCGGUACUGUACAGUGGGUGGCAUGUGUGUUCCAGGGUGAUUGGACCAAUAAGGUUGAAGAUAUUAUAGUUGCUAGAUGGUACUACCGAAUCGAAGAGAUUUUAGCAUCUAAAAGGGUUUUAAGAGCAAAAUACUUACGUAGCUUAGUGUUUGAACACAGCAGCAUUUUGUACCGUUGUUCAAUGCAGGCAUUACAUUAACAAUAUAGACAACACAGACAAUAUUUUUAGCAAUUACUGAAUGAGGCUGAGUAGGAUACUGGUGUGAAGAAUUAUUAAAAACUGAAUCAUUGGAUAAUGCAAUUCUAGAGCUCUUAUGGGCUUGGCCAUCAUGGUAUAUGAGCGAGUAUUACAUGUUCUCCAAGUAUGGUAACUGUACGCAUCUGCUCAAAAUUAACAACAAGCUGAAAAUCGGUUGUUUUUGCAAAUAAAGUCAGGAAGAAUUUUUGAUAUUUUGUGAACAUUUUUAAUAAAACAAUUAUUCCACUCGCGCUUGUUGGAUAUGAGAUGAUUAUAACCAACUCGGCGCUACACACCUUGUUGGCUAUCUACCAUCUCAUACCUAACGCGCACUCGUGGAGUAAUUGUUAAAUAUUUAUAAGACAUUACGUUUAUUUGGUUAAACGUAAGAGUUCGAUCGUUGCCAUACCAACCUGGAUGGUUUAAAACAAGCCUAAAAUUGUAAAUUCGGUAGGUUUUUGCGAAAUCCAGUCAUUAGAUUUUCUUAUGAAUACAACAAGUGAUCCUCAUUUUUCAAAAAACAACUUAACCGAAUUGCAACAAACAGUUUGUGAAAUUUUAACAAAAUAGCUAUCAUUUGAAAUUUGAUUGUGUCACAAAAAUCCUCUGCUUACUUAAAAUGUUCAAGUGUUUAAUGCUUUAAGUGCGAUAUUGACAAGAAUUUUGCCAAAUUUCGUCAAAUUUUUAUGUUCUAAUUUUGAGAUAUCUUCGUUUCUUUACAUUGUCCAUUAAAGUCAACAAAAUAAGCGCUCUCACUUUUUCUCCUAAGUACCCAUGCUCAACACUUGUGCGCGCUAAUGAGAAUCUAAAAUGACUGAGAGAGAAAUAUAAAAUUAAAUGAUUAUGAUGAGCAGAGAGAACAGCACAGCUCUUAUAUCCAUCAUCUGUCAUUGAGCGUAUAUCAUUCUUACGAAUUCUGCUUUUACAGUCAACUUCUGGCCAUUUUUCUCAGCUGGUCCUCACCUUUUUUUUCUAGAAAAUUCCAUUGGCUGCAUAUCUUCUCAUAAUAAAGAUGUUAACAGAAGAGGGAUAAGCCAUUUCAAGGGGCGAAACCUUUUUAUUUAGCUUUUUAUUUUUCUUUAGAUCACGUCAGUCUAUUGUGCGCACGAAAACAAUUGCGUCAGUGAAAUUUCUUUGGGCGCGCAAUUCUGUCAGAGAAACUGUGUUCAGCUACCUUAAGCUGGAGACAGAGCAAACAGAAAAUACGGAGCUAAAUUAUUAUUGUCUUUUUUCUUAUAAUGUUUUGCUCCAUAGUCACUGAAUCACUGAAAACUGCGAGUAAUCCACCAGAGGUAACUGUUACUCUUCUACGGAAUGAGGAUCUUCCGGGAAAAUCAGUACUUCUUGAUAAGCGUCAAUUGCCAAUCGACAUUUUGCUCUUGACGGUGAAGGAUUGGGAAUUUCUAGCUUGUAUUUCGUGUUUCAAUCGCGACUUCUGUAGAAGUUACUGCGAAGAGCUUUGUCAAGACGUGUACCUAGGCAAAAUUGGGAACGAUGACAUGAUGCUAAAGAUCGCUGUAGUGAAGUGUUACACCGUUCCACAAGGAUCUUCUGUGGUCGUAACGAAAGCAGUCGAAGUCUUGAAGCCCAAAGCGGUAUUCAGUGUGGGUUGCUGUGGUGGCUUAGACCCCGCAAAAGUCAAACUUGGGGACGUGGUAGUGUCAGUGAAACUGAUAACGUAUUCCUCCUCCAAAGUCACGGACAAAGGCAUUACAGAACGUGGUGUAAGAGUUCCAUUGAAAGCCAAUAUUUCAAAACUGAUGCUAAGUGCUGCUGAUGGUUGGAAAGCCCCACUGAAGAGUCCAAAAGAAUUUGAGGUAGAAAUGCACCGAGGAGUGUUUCUGAGUGGCCCAGAAAGUGUUGAUAGCAGUGCGCGGCGUGAGGCACUCAACCAACGCUUCUCAGAAGCCGAUGUUAUUGAAAUGGAGGGCGAA